AGAGAUGUGUGUAGAGAACUGGCUUAAACCAGAUCUCUUUAACCCUACUUACACCCACCCGUGCCGGUCUCACACAGGGAGUGUGUUCACUUCAUGAGAGUGUAUCACAGCGUGUUGUUGCGCGUGCGGACAAAAGCAUGUGAAAUAUGAGUAAGAAAGUUCAGUUGGUCAUUUAAUUGGGACACGUCGCGGAUUACAAAAGAAGGAAGAGACUAGCAACACACAGGGCAUGGCACUUUGUGGAGUCAAGAGGGGGCGAUUCCUGGGGCCCAAUGUGUACCCCGAAGCCCCAGAUGGAGGCUGGGGGUGGAUGGUGGCCAUCGCCUUCUUCGUGGUGGAGGCUUUCACCUACGGCACCAUCAAGAUCUUCGGCAUUUUCCUCCAGGACAUCAUGGAGGAGUUCGGCGAGACCAACAGUCGAGUCUCCUGGAUUGUUUCCAUCUGCAUUUUUGUCAUGACCUUCAAUGGUCCUCUUUCCUCCGUGUUGACGAGCCGCUGUGGGUUCCAGCCUGUUGUUAUGAUCGGAGGUUUACUUAUCGCCACCGGUACCAUCGCAACCAGCUUUACCAGUUCAAUCAAUCAAAUAUACAUCACAUAUGGAUUGGUAGCAGGACUGGGCUACAGUCUGACCUACCUCCCCACAGUGACCAUCCUCUCACAGUAUUUUACACGGCGGCGGUCUCUGGUCACAGCUGUAGCUUCCACCGGAGAGUCGCUGUCUAUGUUCGCCCUCGCACCAGCCUUUUCUGCGUUGAGGGACCGUAUCGGCUGGAGACACACCAUGUUAGUGAUAGGAGCUCUGCAGAGCACCAUCAUCAUCUGUGGAGCCCUGCUUCGGCCAAUCGUCAUCAAACCCAAAGUGACCUGUGAGAGAGAAGCUGAAGGAUCGUCCCCAAAGGAGCUGGAAGCCCUCGGUUCACCGGUGAAUGUAGAGGAUAUAAACCCACAGGACUCAACUACCUCAAAUGAACAGAAUACCUCCCACAGUGCGGACAAUGAGCUCAGCCAAACCUCUGUGAGCACAGGAGACUCUGGAGUCCAGUCCGUAAAGGAAACGUACGACAGCAGCCAAGAUGAGAAGACUUUACUGCACAAAGAAGCCGAGAAAUCUGCGGAAAACGGUAAAGCAAAGACUAGUCAAUUUGAAUCUGUGGAGAAACGGAGCGAAGAUGCAGAGAAACAAAUCAUGCAAGUGGAGGAAAUGAAAUCAGGUGAUGGAAAAACGUCCACAACGAAAUCAAAGCUGAUAGAUUUCUCCAUCCUCAGAGAGUGCAGCUUCAUUCUCUACUCUAUGUUCGGACUCUUUGCCACGCUGGGUUUCUUCGCGCCCCCUUUAUAUAUCAUCGAUCUGAGCGUGAGUCGAGGCGUGGAGCGGAGUCACGCCACGUACAUGCUCUCUAUCAUGGCCGUGACAGAGAUAUUCGGGCGGUUCUCCAUCGGGUGCAUCCUGUCACGAGAAAGGUUCAGGAAAAGGAAGCUGCUUGUCCUGCUGGUGUGUGUGAUCACCAUGACCGUGGAUCUGGUGGGAUUCACUCUGGUGACGGAGUUCAACGGCCUGGCGGUCUGCUGCGCUUUCUACGGGUUCUUUAUGGGAACGGUAGCCUGCUCACACAUCCCGAUGCUGGCUGAGGACGAUGUGGUGGGAAUAGAGAGGAUGUCUUCGGCUGCCGGGGUCUACGUGUUCAUACAGAGCUUUGCUGGGCUCUCUGGACCCCCACUUGGAGGUUUGCUGGUGGAUUUGACUCAGAACUACGGCUCCGCCUUCUACUCCUGUGCGGCCGGGUUGGGAAUCAGUGCCGUGUUCCUGGGUCUGGUUUCACCUGCUAAGAAAGGAUAUCUCUGUCGAAGGAAGGUCUCAAAACGCCCCGAAGACGUACAUGAACGCAAAGAGGACUCAGAAGAAACAAGCGCAGUGAACAAUUCAGACAAAAGACCCAACAGUGCUCAGGAUUCCUCUGAAGCGACGGAGGCCACAAGAGAUGUUCAGGAGGUUAUACGUUUUGCUUAAGCUGAUAAAGUUUAUUAAAGCGAUCAAGCCAUAUGAGGGUGAAAUGCAAAAAAGACAGUAGCUAGCUGACUUGAAAUUACUACAAUGAAUAGAAGACCAAAAGUGUUUAUGAUCUGCUAACUUUUACAUCACAAUACAAAUCAAUUGUACCUAGGGCUGGGCUAUAUGAAAUAAACAUAAAUAUCACAAUAUUA